AGAAACUAGAAAAUGAGUCUGCAAAUGUCAUACCACACUCAUGUAGGGUAUAAAAUCAGUUUAAAUUCAAAAAAAAAAACCAGAUAUUUUUGUAGCAUAACAGCUGAUCAUGCACACACACACACGCACAGCAACCAGGGCUGCAAUCUUAAGCAGUGCUGCAAAACGUGCCACCCGUGACCAUAUGUUUCAAACGACACGCGGCCGGCUUUUUGUUUUGGACUCCAACGCGGAAUUAAAUUAACACAAAACUACUUUUAAAAUGGACAGCAGCAGCGCCAUUGUAAUGCCUGGAGAGCGCAUCACCAGCAUAGAGGAGGUGGCAAAGGAAAAACGCGUAAUACUGGGCCCUGGACUGCGGCGACUGGACGAUACGGUGGUGGCCAGCAAAGCGGGUCCACUGCGUCACAAGGAGCCCAACACGUACUGGAUUGACAACUACCAGAGACGCUAUGUGCCCGCGCGCGGCGAUCUGGUGCUGGGCAUCAUCAAGGGCAAGGCUGGGGAUCUGUAUCGCGUGGACAUUGGCUCGGCGGACAUUGCCUCCAUUUCGUAUCUGGCCUUUGAGGCGGCCACCAAGAAGAACCGGCCCGACCUCAAUCCGGGCGACAUCAUCUAUGCGCGUGUGCUGAACGCCAGUGCGGACAUUGAGCCGGAGCUGGUGUGCGUCAACUCGAAUGGAAAGCGCGGCAAGCUGGGUCUCCUCGCCGAUGGCUUCUUCUUCAAGUGCACCCUCAAUCUGGGACGCCUGCUGCUGCGCGAGAAUUGUCCCGCGCUGGCCGCCCUUACCCGUGAACUGCCCUACGAGAUCGCCAUCGGCGUCAAUGGACGCAUCUGGCUGAAGGCGAAUUCCCUGCGCGAGACAAUGGCUCUGUCGAAUGCCAUACUGACGAUGGAGCAGGCCGGCUACACGGAGAUUGAGAAAAUCUGCGACAAUCUGGGCGAUGUGCUGCAGGCCUAGCUCGCUUCCAAUAAAUCUUUACUUAGUUUACUUACAUUUCCAAAAAAAAACAAAAGAAACGAGCAAUUUUUUUUUAAUACUUUUGAUACGACUUUUAUGUAAAGGCAGCCCUGCUGCUGGCUGUCGGAGAUGAGCAAUUGUGUGACAACUGCAUGGUGAUCACGA